GUCCCAGAUAGAGCGGGGGACCCGAGGGCUGGGCCCCGCCGAUUCGGGACAGGAGCCGACGCCCGUCCCCGAGCCGAUCCUACCCCAGUCCCGGAGGUAUCCCGGUUCCCGUCCUACGGCUCGCGACUUCCCUCUGUGACGAAGUUUUCUCCCCGUGCCUCGCCGAGGAUCGUUCUUAGUUCUUGAGCUCGCCUUGUGACCGACUUGCUCGGUUUGUUUUGGGGAGCUAACUUGUUUUGCUUCAACCCGCAUCCCCUUUCCUUGACCCCUUUGCCAUCGGAUGUUCUAGAUGACUGAAUGGAGUUUUGAGUUGGACUUUUGUGUCCCUGCCGAAAUUGGGCCUGAUCCCAGAGCACUGGGGGUGGGGUGUGGAGGUGUUACUGUAAAAUGCAAGUUGGAUAAAAAGAAGACCUCUCGCCAAGGGCCCCAAUGAGUGGCACACAGUCUACUAUCACGGACAGGUUUCCCCUCAAAAAACCUAUAAGGCAUGGAAGUAUUUUGAACCGAGAGUCACCAACAGAUAAGAAACAGAAAGUCGAACGCAGUUCAUCACAUGAUUUUGACCCCACAGAUAGCUCCUCCAAGAAGACAAAGUCUAGUUCAGAGGAGAGUAGAUCCGAGAUCUAUGGUCUUGUUCAACGCUGUGUGAUCAUCCAGAAAGAUGACAAUGGAUUCGGGCUGACAGUCAGUGGAGACAAUCCAGUCUUCGUACAAUCUGUCAAAGAAGAUGGAGCAGCCAUGCGUGCUGGCGUACAAACAGGGGACCGAAUCAUCAAGGUGAAUGGGACUCUGGUGACUCAUUCGAAUCAUCUGGAGGUGGUGAAACUAAUCAGAUCUGGUUCCUAUGUAGCUCUCACUGUCCAGGGACGCCCACCUGGGUCGCCCCAGAUUCCACUUGCUGAUCCUGAAGUAGAACCAUCAGUCAUUGGACAUAUGUCUCCUGUUAUGACUUCCCCUCAUUCCCCUGGAGCAGCCGGGAAUAUGGAGAGAAUCACUAGUCCUGUGCUCAUGGGGGAGGAAAAUAAUGUGGUCCAUAACCAGAAAGUAGAGAUUCUGAGAAAAAUGUUACAGAAGGAACAGGAACGGCUGCAGUUACUACAGGAAGAUUACAACCGAACGGCUACCCAAAGAUUGCUCAAGGAGAUUCAGGAGGCCAAGAAGCACAUCCCGCAGCUGCAGGAGCAGCUGUCCAAAGCCACAGGCUCUGCUCAGGACGGAGCUGUAAUUGCACCCUCCAGGCCGUUAGGUGAUGCCCUAACACUCAGUGAGGCAGAAACAGAUCCUGGAGAUGGCCUGUGCAGGACUGACUGGAGCAGUGGAGAUGCUUCUCGGCCCAGCAGUGACAGUGCAGAUAGUCCCAAGAGUAGCCUGAGAGAGAGGAUUUAUCUAGAAGAAACCCCAGAGAGAAGCGAAGGAAUCCAGGAUGCUGACACGCAGUCGCUGGUCGGCAGUCCCUCCACCCGUGGCGCCCCUCACAUUAUCGGAGCAGAGGAUGAUGAUUUUGGCACUGAGCACGAGCAGAUCAACGGACAGUGCAGCUGUUUCCAGAGCAUUGAACUGCUGAAGUCUCGUCCCGCUCACUUGGCUGCUUUCUUACACCAUGUGGUCUCACAGUUUGACCCUGCAACCUUGCUCUGUUAUCUCUACUCAGACCUGUAUAAGCAGACAAACUCCAAGGAGACUCGGCGGGUCUUCCUGGAGUUUCAUCAGUUCUUCUUGGACCGAUCUGCACACUUGAAAGUUUCCGUUCCUGAGGAAAUCUCCGUGGAUCUGGAAAAGAGAAGACCCGAGCUUCUGCCCGAGGAUCUGCAUCGCCACUACAUUCAGACAAUGCAGGAGAGAGUCCAGCCUGAAGUUCAGAGACACUUGGAGGAUUUCCGACAGAAACGCAGCAUGGGACUGACGCUGGCCGAGAGUGAGCUGACAAAGCUUGACGCAGAGCGAGACAAGGACCGGGGAAGUCUGGAGAAGGAGCGGGCAUGUGCGGAGCAGAUUGUCACCAAAAUUGAAGAAGUACUGAUGACUGCUCAGGCUGUAGAAGAAGACAGGAGUUCCACUAUGCAAUACGUCAUUCUCAUGUAUAUGAAGCACUUGGGAGUCAAAGUGAAAGAACCUCGGAACCUGGAGCACAAGCGAGGUCGAAUUGGCUUCCUUCCGAAGAUCAAGCAAAGCAUGAAGAAAGAUAGAGAGGGUGAAGAAAAAGGGAAGCGAAGAGGAUUCCCCAGCAUUUUGGGACCCCCUAGAAGACCAAGCCGCCAUGACAACAGUGCAAUUGGCAGGGCCAUGGAGAUACAGAAGCUACGCCACCCGAAGCACUUGUCUACACCGUCGUCUGUGAGUCCUGAGCCUCAGGACCCUGCCAAGUUGCGCCAGAGUGGAGUAGCCAAUGAAGGAACAGACACUGGGUACCUGUCUGCCAGUUCCACGUCCUCUGCCACCUCAGUGGCUGCUCUUUCCCAAGAGGGAGGGAGAGAGACUGAUACAGGAGCAAAACAAGUUGGAGAAGCAUUGGCACCUGGAGACUGCCUGGACAGCACCCCUCGCGUCCCUAACACUGUUUUUGACUUCCCCCCUCCUUUGUUAGAUCAAGUGCAGGAGGAGGAGUGUGAAGUGGAGAGGGUGCCAGAACAUGGAACCCCAAAACCCUUUCGAAAGUUUGACAGCAUUGCCUUUGGAGAGAGUCAGAGUGAGGAUGAGCAGUUUGAGAAUGACCUGGAGACAGAUCCACCCAACUGGCAGCAGCUUGUUAGCAGAGAAGUGCUUCUGGGACUGAAGCCGUCUGAGAUCAAAAGACAGGAAGUGAUCAAUGAAUUGUUCUAUACUGAGAGAGCUCACGUCCGAACCCUGAAGGUUCUGGACCAAGUAUUCUAUCAGCGAUUGUCCAGAGAAGGGAUUCUGUCGCCAUCAGAACUACGCAAGAUCUUCUCAAACUUGGAAGAUAUCCUUCAGCUUCAUGUUGGGUUGAAUGAGCAAAUGAAAGCUGUCCGAAAAAGGAAUGAGACCUCUGUUAUUGAUCAUAUCGGAGAGGAUCUGCUCAUCUGGUUCAGUGGACCAGGGGAGGAGAAGCUGAAACAGGCUGCGGCCACAUUCUGCAGUAACCAACCUUUUGCCCUGGAAAUGAUCAAGUCUCGUCAGAAAAAGGAUUCUCGAUUCCAGACUUUUGUGCAAGAUGCUGAGAGUAAUCCCCUGUGCCGUCGUCUUCAGCUGAAGGACAUCAUUCCCACCCAGAUGCAGAGGCUCACUAAGUACCCGCUUCUUUUGGACAAUAUUGCCAAAUACACAGAAUGGCCUCCAGAAAGGGAAAAGGUGAAGAAGGCUGCAGACCACUGUCGUCAGAUCUUAAAUUAUGUAAAUCAGGCUGUCAGGGAGGCGGAGAACAAGCAGCGCUUAGAAGACUAUCAGCGUCGCCUUGACACCUCCAAUCUCAAGUUGUCCGAGUACCCAAAUGUUGAUGAGCUCAGGAAUUUGGACUUAACAAAAAGAAAGAUGAUUCACGAAGGGCCGUUGGUCUGGAAGGUGAAUAGAGAUAAAAGCAUCGAUCUCUAUACCCUGCUGCUGGAGGACAUCCUCGUGCUGUUACAGAAGCAGGAUGACAGGCUGGUGCUGAGGUGCCACAGCAAGAUCCUGGCCUCCACCGCCGACAGCAAGCACACCUUCAGCCCCGUCAUCAAGCUGAGCACUGUGCUGGUGCGACAGGUGGCCACAGAUAACAAAGCUCUGUUCGUCAUCUCCAUGUCAGACAAUGGAGCCCAGAUUUAUGAAUUGGUAGCACAGACGGUUUCUGAAAAGACGGUCUGGCAAGACCUCAUCUGUCGAAUGGCUGCGUCCGUGAAGGAGCAGUCCACAAAGCCGAUUCCCCUCCCACAGCCGCCACCCUGCGAAGGAGACAAUGAUGAAGAAGAACCAGCCAAGUUAAAAGUGGAGCACCAUGAUCUUUCAGUCGCUGGUCUGCAGAGUCCAGACAGAGUUUUGGGAUUAGAAUCUCCCUUAAUUUCGUCAAAACCUCAGUCUCAUUCACUGAAUACCCCUGGCAAGUCAGAGGCAGAACAUCUCUUUGUGACCGCAACACAGUUUGCAAAGGAGCAGCAUGCCAACGGGACACUCAAGGAAGGUGAUGGCGGGCAUCCAGUCACAAUCCCGGGUCCUCACGUGCCCGUGUCAGAGGAGCGGUGGGCAGUGCAUGCACUGACAAACUUGGGCUUGUUGAAGCAGUUGCUGGUACAGCAGUUAGGUCUCACCGAGAAGAGCACUCAGGAAGACUGGCAAUCCUUCUCAAGAUGCGGGCCAGCGUCUGAAGAGGUGCAGGCAGACGGUGGCAUCCCGGACUUGGAAAACGUUAAGACUUGUCAUGCCGGGGAAGGACAGGUGUCUUUUAAAACUGGAACUGGUGACGUUGCAACUUGUGACAGUCCACGGACUUCAGCUGAGUCUUGUGCUGCACAUGAUUCAGUGAUACUGGCAUCCCAAGACAGCCAGGCAAGUAACAUUUUAGUAAUGGACCACAUGAUCGUGACCCCAGAGAUGCCUACUGCAGAGCCAGAAGGGGGUCUGGAUGACAGUGGAGAGCACUUUUUCGAUGCCCGUGAAGCACACAGUGAUGAGAAUCCAUCAGAAGGCAAUGGAGCCGUACAACAGGAGGAGAAGGAUGUUCAUUUACGCAUCUCAGGAAACUGUUUGAUCCUUGAUGGCUAUGAUGCAGUGCAGGAGAGCUCCACGGAUGAGGAGGUCGCCUCCUCCUUCCCCCUGCAGCCUGUGACAGGCAUCCCUUCUGUGGACUCCAGCCACCAGCAGCAGCAUUCCCCUCAGAGUGCUCAUUCUGAGGGGGCAGUUUCACCAUUCACCCCAGAGUUCCUGGUCCAGCGACGCUGGAGAGCUAUGGAGGAUGCUUGUUUUGAGAUCCAGAGUCCCUCUUCUUGUACAGAUUCACAAAGCCAAAUCCUGGAGUACAUUCAUAAAAUAGAGGCAGACCUGGAACACUUAAAGAAGGUGGAGGAAAGUUACGCUCUUCUUUGCCAAAGGCUGGCUGGCUCAGCCCUCCCUGCCAAGCUCUCAGAUAAAAGUUAGAGCCCCGUGUCCUGGAGGUGACUGCAGGUUGUUGGAUUUUGAGUGUCGGCCCUGUAUCAGCCACAUCCGGGCUCCAGUGUGGACACAGAGAGUGUGACAGAGGAUCUGCCUGAACCACCUGGGCUCGGCCAUGCCCCAGGGUGCCCCAAGUGGGACUAGUUCUUCAUUCUGGCAGCUGCACACAUCUGUCAGUGAGGGAAUGUCAGGUCUCUCACUCUCCUCUCCUCACUAUCAGAAAUGCAUUUUGAUUCAGAAUAAAAACCAAAUGUAUAGAGCUUUGGGUGUAGGAUAUAAAAUUGUACGUAGGUAAGAAAAAGAGAAAAUCAGAUGUAUUUAUUUGAAUUCAUUCCGUAUUUGAAAGCACACUUUAAUUUUUACUUUGCCUUGUUUUGUUUUUAAUUGAGUAGUGAGAGUUUCAGCCCUUUGUAUUUAGCACACCCGAGGAUCAGUUGUUCCUGAAGCCACGGUCAGGUUGGGGAUGGAGAGGUUAGUAGACAGGCAAUACAGAAGAGGACAGAGGGCUACCUGGCCCUCACUAACCUGGAACCAGCCCUCCUGUCCAGAAGGCUGCCUUUCUGAGGAUCAUCUCAGAGGUGCUGCAUGACUCCGUGUGUGGAUACCGUGAGCUGUGUGUGCCAGGGCUCGGAGCAGGAGGACCUCCUCCCAGCCCAAGGCAAGCAUCUCCUUCUGGGUUCCAUCCCAGGAGAGAGGAAUCCUCAGUACACUAAAUGGCAGGCACUUGAAAAUGGGUGUAUUUCCCUUGUCAUUGUCUUUUCUAUUGAUAGUUGGGAUUUGGGAGAGAAGAAAACAAAUUUUUAUUUUCUUGAUUAUAAAUUUGUUAUUCUUGGUA